AUGGAGCAUUCUGCAAUGGUAAGCAGCACCCCAAACCUGCCAUAUGCCCACCGACAGUUCCUUCUGCGGGAGAGCGACAUAGGGCAGAACCGAGCCGAGGCAUCCCGGCAGGCCCUGGCCGAGCUGAACCCCCGCGUAGCAGUGGUGGCUUACACCGGGGAGCUGUCGGAGGCCUUCCUCACCUCCUUCCAGCAGAGCCCAUGCACAGCGCAUGCACACGUGGUGGUGCUGACCGAGUCCUCGCUGGAAGAGCAGAUCCGCAUUGGGGACUUCUGCCAUGCCCAGGGCAUCUGCUUCAUCGUGGCUGAUGCUAAGGGGCUGGCAGGGCAGCUGUUCUGCGACUUCGGGGAGCGCUUCAUCGUUGAUGACCCAGCAGAAGGGGAUCCGGUAUGUGCUGCCGUGAAGCACAUCUCCAAGGGCAACCCGGGCAUAGUGACAUGCACGGGGAUGGAGGGCAGCCGUGGCCACCUCUUCAGCGACGGUGACCUGGUGACGUUUUCUGGUGUGGAGGGGAUGACGGAGCUGAAUGGCCAGGAGCCUGCUCCCGUGCGUGUGAUGGAUGCUUUCAGGCUGAAGAUCGGCGACACCAGCUCCUUCUCACACUACCGCUGCAGGGGCCUGGUUUCGCAGGUGCGGCUGCCCCAAGUGCACUUUCACAAGCCCCUGUCCCAGGCACUGGCAGAGCCCAAGAUCCAAGUGGCAAAUCCUGAGGAGCUGCCGCGCAGCCGCAGCCUGCAUGCUGCCUUCCAGGCACUGCACACUUUCCGUGAGGAGAAGGGUUGCCUGCCCCAGCCAAGGGCACUGGCAGAUGCUGAGCGGGUGCUGGAGCUGGCGCAGAGCCUGGCAGUGCAGCCAGGUUCCCUGGACGAGGACAUCGUGCGAGCCUUUGCCAGCGUCAGUGCAGGGGAUCUGUGCCCUGUGGCUGCUGUCAUUGGGGCCAUGGCAGCCCAGGAGGCCCUGAAGGUGAGCAGGAUGGGGUUCCCGGGCCCUGGGGUCCUACUGAGGGGCUCUCGCUAUGAUGGGCAGAUCGCCGUCUUCGGGGCCACCUUCCAGGAGCUGCUGAGCCGCCAGAAGUACUUGGUGGUGGGAGCUGGUGCCAUUGGCUGUGAGCUGCUCAAAAACUUUGCCAUGAUGGGGCUGGCGGCCGGGCCAGAAGGGAAUCUCACUGUCACCGACAUGGACAAGCCAAAGUCGGUGGUGGCUGCAGCGGCUGUACGGCGCAUGAACCCUGAUGUCAGGGUGACAGCUCAUCAGAACCAGGUGGGACCUGCCACUGAGAUGCUCUACGGGGAUGACUUCUUCCGGCACCUGGAUGGUGUUGUCAGUGCCCUGGACACGCUGAAGGCCCGUGCCUACUUGGAGAGCUGCUGCUUCCGCUACCUCACACCGCUCCUGGACUCGGGUACGGAGGGACCACGGGGGAACGUACUGGCCAUGGUGCCCCACCUGACCAAACUGCUGGGGCCGGCUGCUGCCCCUGAGGAUGACACCUUCCCCCUCUGCACCCUGCGGUACUUC